GAAAACCAGGACCCGCUGAGCUACUUCCACACGGAGACCCUGGUGAUGACCACGCACAUCCUGUUCUUCGUGGGCACGGAGACCGUCAGCACCACCCUGCGCUACGGCUUCCUGCUCCUCAUGAAGUACCCGGAGAUCCAGGCCAAAGUCCACGCUGAGAUCGACCAGGUGAUCGGGUGGCACCGCAGCCCGUCGGUAGAGGACCGGAGCCGCAUGGCCUACACCAACGCCGUGAUCCACGAGGUGCAGCGCUUCGGCGACGUGGUCCCCUUGGGGCUCCCACACGCGGUGACCCGGGACACCCACUUUAGGGGUUUCCUGCUUCCAGAGGUAACGGGAUUUCCCUCCUCCCCGCGUUCGAGCAAGAAAACACGUCUCUCCCCCCUGGGCUGGAAUCUCCCCCUUGUCAGCUUCCAAAGGGUGUUCGGAGAGGGACAGACGGCUGGAACCAUGGCUGGCUAGACUGGCAAAUGGGUUGGAUGGAUGGACGGACGGGUGGCUGAGUGGGUGGCCAGAGAGAGGGGCGUGCGUUGGGAUGGAGAGAUAGGAUGGGUGGAUAGAUGGAUGGGUAGAUAGACAAGUAGGUGGAGGGAUGGAAAGAUAGAUGGUUGGAAAGGCUGAGGGACGCGUCAGUAGAUGGGUAGACAGACGAGAGAUGGACAGACAGACGGAUGGAUGGACGGGGUGGAAGGACAGAAAAUGAUCCAGAUGGCUAGAGGGUGGAUCGUUGGAUGAGUGGACAGACAGACUGAGGAGGAUGGAUGGAUAGACAAGAUGGACGGAUGGCGGCACCGGUGCCAGACAGAAGAACGAGUCAAUGGAUGGGCAGACAGACAGAUGUGUGGAU